CAUGUGCUAUUGUCAAAAACUUCAGGGGAGCCCAAUGCCAUUAUCAGAAACAAACACCACCACACAAAACCCAACACCUCCUUAACCAACUAAACUGAAAAUGGCGCUACAUCUCCACCCUGCAACUUCCUUCACAAAAAAACCUUAUCAUCAUCAUCUUCCUCACACACCUCACCUCAACUCCCCCACAAGACUCAAACUCAUUGUCAAGUCUCAAAACCCCUCAGAAACCCAAAAACCCAACACCAACCUCAAUGAGACAACCUCUGAACCAACCCCACCAAAGAAAACCAGCUCACCUGGUCUGGGGUUUGGUUCUUCUUCAUCAUCAUCACCUUCUAGUAAACUAAAUUUGAGUGCUAGUGUCACUAGCAACAAGAAGCAGAAGAGUAAAAAAGAGAGAGCAUCGAUAAUUAGGCGGUCACCGGUUGAGAAACCAGCUGCUUUUGUGGACCAAGAAGAUAAGUCUAAGGCUAAGGAGAACAGUAGGAAUGAGAGUGCUUUUCUUCUUACUUGGUUGGGUCUUGGUGCGAUCAUUCUUGUCGAGGGCAUUGCUCUCGCUGCUUCAGGGUUCCUGCCAGAAGAGUGGGAUAAAUUCUUUGUGAAGUAUUUGUAUCCAUCCUUCACUCCAACAGUCUUCUUGUUUGUUGCUGGAACAGUAGCUUAUGGAGUGCUCAAGUACCUGCAGAAUGAGAAUCUUGGAGAUCAGAAAUGAUAUAUUUAGUUAAUUUAAAAUAAUAAUUUCAGGUUCUAUAAGGAGAAAUUUGUCAUAGUUUCUAAGUAACAUUUCUUUAGUUUCUUUAGAUUGUAUGAGGGCCUUUCAUGCUUGAUACAAAGAUGAAUACCAAAAGAAAAUUAGAGUCUUUUGCAAACAUGUCAAUGACACACUCUCUCUCUCUCUUAAUCAAAGUCUUUUUCUAGGGAAUGGUUUACCUUAGGCAA